AUGCAAACAUCACCGAUAACCUUCAGAUAUGUUACAGUAAGAGUACCAAACACUAAGAUACCAUGCAGAACACACCAAUACCAUACCGAACACACUGAUAUCACUCCUUUAGUGUACCAAACACUAAGAUACCAUGCAGAAACCAUGUCAACACCAUACUUAACACACCAAUACCAUACCGAAUAG